AUGAAGACAGCUGCUCAGACCACCACUUUGUGCAGAGCACAAUUCAGUGCCCGGCGCCACAAUUCCUACGGCCCGAGACGAGUCACAUCUCAACAAGGAACUACUGCAGGAGGAGAUCAAGAACAUUCGUCUGGACCUUCCAGCAGUCUUUGCAACCACACCGGACAUCGAUACCUUUGUAACGCAGUUGACAGCGAUGCUGCAGGAUGCUGUGCACAGAGCUACUCGGUACCACCGGCACACGCAGCCUGUCUUUACCGUGUGGAACGACAGACUGGCAGAAUCCGGUCUGCACUGAACAAGGUCCGUCGCAAACUGAGGCAGACACAGAACCAGCUCACCCACACCAUCCUGGCGGUCACUGCCAAGGAGCUGCGGAAAAGAUACCGCAACGAAAUAUACGCGGCAAAGGUGGAAGCAUGGCGGACCUUUGUUAGCAAGAAGAGCGCGUGGGGCAAGCCCUACCGCGUGCUCAAGAACAAACGAGCUAACAAAGGAGUUCCCAUGCUGACUAAGCCAGAUGGUAGCAGGUGUGUCUCGCCUCAAGAAUCCCAUCAAUCGCUACUGGAGAGCAAGUUUGGGACGGACACCUGUAUGCGGCCUGACAUCAAUCACCCACUGCCAGAAGGACCAGCUCCAUCUGUCACAGCUGAGCAACUUGCCGGAUCAUUCGAAAGCUCCUGGGCCGGACAAUAUCCCAAACUGUGUGCUGAAGCUGCUUCACCGCUUCCAUCCUGGGAUACUGCCAGCCCUGUUCACCGCCUGCCUCACCUCCGGACACUUCCCACUACCAUGGAAGCGUGGCCGCGUAGUGUUUCAUCCCAAAGCCACAGAAGGAUCCAACACAGGCUGACUCCUACUCGAGGUGGUUCUGAACCAGGAGCUGGUUCAACACCUCGAGUCAGAAAAGCUGCUGCACGAUGCCCAGUAUGGUUUCCGCCAACACCGAGGGACAGAGGAUGCCGUGCACGAUGCUUUGGACAAGAUUGCCGACUGCCGCGCUGA